AUUUUUUUCUAAUAAAUUUUAAAUAACCAGGUCACGUAUCCCCGUUUAUAAAGGAAGUAAUGAUACAAUGGACCCAGAGUCACCUUCACAAUCAACAUCGAGUUCUUGCUCGGUUUCUUUCUCUUCUGGCUUCCGUUCUUUGCCAUCGAGCGGAAAAACAAAAAUACCUGUUGUAAAAAGCAGGCCAGCUACGCAUUCUCGAUCUACAACCAACACUACUAUUCCUAACGCUCCGAAUUUACGGACAGCAUCUAGAACUAGGACACCAUCGGGUUCAAACACCCCGGUUCCACCUGGAAUGCAAACUGCGGCUUCAAGAUUAUUACGAAAACCAUCCGAUUCGAAAUCGAAGGAAUCUAAAGAACCGUUUAGGCUUUAAAUUUUAAUUCUGAAUUUAAUAAAAAUGUUAAUCCGUAUUAAUCCAUGACUUAACCGAAAAAAAUAAACUUUACUGAAAUGAAAUAAUUAUUAAAAAGCGCUUUAAAUAUUUACGAGAAACGUUAGUAAAUCGUUCGUAUUUUAUAUAAUAUUUCUAUCCGGGAUGAUGAAACACAAUUUGCAAAUGAAUUUGGUAUCGCCAGGCCAAAAACAAGCAAAUUAAAUUACAUCCUUGGUUGGUUAUUUAAAAAAAAAAGACGAUUCGAAAAAAAAAAACUAUCUAAAAAGGAAAAACAAUCAACUUCAGUUGCCAUAAUAUUAUAUUAUAUUAAAAUAGCGUAUACGAACGCCUCAAAGAACGAUAAGUACUAAUUCAUAUCGUUUUUCUUUUUUUAAUUAUUAAUAAUUGAUGCUACUUCAUUUUUUUGUUAUUAUUAAUUAUUAAAAAUAGUAAAUUUACGGGACCAUAAUUUACGUUUUUCUGUUAUUAUCUUUUUUUUUGUACACGUUCAAUAUUUGUUUUUUGGUACUAAUUAAUCAAGUUUAAUUUAUCGUUUUAAAUCAUCAUUUAACACAAAAAAAAGUAGUAAAAUGAUGAUGAUUAAUCCCAUUUAGUUGAUAAGUUUAUCUAAUUCUGAUUUCAAUUCUUUUUUCUUUCUUAUUUUUAAUACGCGAAGAUCGUUAAUUUUUUUUUUGUAGGGACAUGUAAAAUUUUUAAUACGAUCAUUAGAAUUUGUAUAGUAAGUGCAACUUUGCCGAUUGUUCAUAAAUCGCCAGUUAUGAACGAUCCGCAACAGUCAAUGAAAUAAUAUUUAUCAAGAGAUCAUAUUUAUGAAUUUAUUUGCUUGUAUUGUUUAUUUAAAUAAACUAAUUUUUUAAUAAAAUAUAGUUUUUUUUUU